AUGGGGUAUGGAUGGUGUGUGAUGAUGGACUUUGAACCCAACAAGCGCACCAAAAUCAAGUUGUGUGUGGCCCUUUGUGAACUUAACUCUGUUGAGGACUGGGAAGGCUACAAUACUCCUCAGUUAUCAAGUGAAAACCUGAUUGGACUAAGUAGGGCACGGCGACCUCACAACGCCAUCUUUGUUAACUUUGAAGAUGCUGAUGUGCCAGACAAACCACUUGAAGCAGCUGUAAACAAUUGGGCGAAACACAGCUCACAUCCAAAUGACAAACGAUUGGAGGCAGAAGUAAGGAAGCUGUUUGAAGCUCGACCAGUGUGGUCCAAAAAUGCAAUCAAGGCAAAUGUCGACACACAUCCAGAUAAGCUGAAGUGGUUGCUGCCCUGUAUGGCGUAUUACAUGAUAACAGGCCCGUGGAGAAGCCUUUGGGUUCGUGUGGGGUACGAUCCAAGAAAGGAUCCCAAAGCUAAACAGUAUCAAGUGCUGGACUUCAGGAUUCGCUGUGGACUUAAAUAUGGUUACAGUGAGUUGCCAGUGAAAGCCAAGCGAAGCACAUACAACUAUAGCUUGCCAAUCACUGUUAAAAAGAACGGCUCUGAGCCCGUCACAGGAUAUGACAUGAGUGCUGGGAAAGGCCCCAGUGCCAGCCUGGGACCUCAAUUUUACACAUGUUCGUCUCUUAAGGUGAAAGAGUAUGCAUAUGUCUUCCGUGAAGGGACGCUACCUCCUUACCGACAGAUGUUUUAUCAGCUUUGUGAUUUGGAUGUUGAAAGUUUACAGAAAAUUAUUCAUCGAAAUGAUGGCUCUGAGACUGUAUGUACUGAACGUGAUGGCUGGUGUCUUCCAAAGUCUAACGAUGACUUGAGGGAUGCUAUGUCACACAUGAUAAAGCAAACUGCUCGUUCACAACGCCCUGCCUUGUUUUCCACUGAGUCCAAAGAAACAGCAGACAAAGAGCAGUUGAAUUAUGAGUCUGGAGAAGAGGAGGAGGAAGAGGAAGAGUACCAGCCAUCAGAUGGCAGCGAGAAUGAAAUGGAAACAGAGAUUCUUGAUUAUAUGUAAAUAAAAAAUAAAUAGAUGAACAAAGUCAUCUUUUAAUAGUUAUUUAUAAUGUAUCAUAACUGACAGUUUUUGUACUCUCAAGUAUAAUAGGACGGUGUAUUUUUUGGUUUUGCCUGUAUUAUUUUAAAAUUAGUAAAUUUUUACCAAACUCAGCGUCUUUUAUCAUGGUUGGGUAGGAUUUCAUAGUUGAUCAUCAUAGAUCCCAGGUUAUAAGUUGUAAUUCAGAAUUAUGCUGCUCAGUUGUUUUAUUUCAGGAAGUUUCAGUAGCUGCAUUCUCCUUUGUUGGCGAAAUGUCACCUUUUAACUGGGUACCAUCCUUGAUAGGUGCCUACUAUUGUAAUAUCUUUUCUUCCUCUCUCAGUAUGGUUGUUUUUCUCUAAAGAGCCCACAGUUUGUUUCUGGUGCACGUGAACCCUUCUUCAGUGUAUGCUGAGGAAUUGCUUGCCACACUGGAGCAUGGAUACCUGGCAUGCCAGGUAUUUUCUGCUCCUCACACAUUUCUUUUUCGACCAUCACGUGUUGUAAAUUUCACACAAUGAGCAUUUAAAGCAAUUAAAUAAUCAAAUAUGUCCAUGAAGCAGUCAGUUAAUGAUUCAGAAGCUGCACUGGCAUUGUCUUUAAUGCUUGGAGGAGUCUAAAGUGAAGCUCUCCUUUAAAUGACCAGUCACUCAAACUUGCAGGGGAGAGAGAUGCUUUUGGCUGCUCUCGCUGCUCACAGGAUGGUUAUGGUUGAGAGGAUGCAGAGUGUGAAUUUGUGCGGGCAGAGAGAGCGCAGAGUGUGGAUGAGUGGGGGCUGAGAGAGCUCAGCGUGUGGAUGAGUGGGGGCUGAGAGAGCUCAGGGCGCAGAGUGUGGAUGGGU